AUGCUACCUGUUUCACGACCGGACGGUCACAUGAACCUCAAUUAUAUUCCGACUACUCAGCCAAUGUCCGGGACCAGUACAGGGCGUAGCUCCCCUAGUGACCUGUCGGCAUCCGGUGCCAUCAAGUCACCGUUCGGCUCGUCAAAUGGCCUGAAUGGCGCCGCAGGCUCGAUCGGGGGCGCGAGGCUAGGGGCUGGAUCCCCUUCUCAUGAUCUUGGGGCUCGUUUGUAUUCGAAGCGGGCACGAGAGAUUCAAGCGGAGGAAGGCGUUUCGCCUAGCAUUUGGGGUCCCCCGACUAGUGGUCAUUCCACCCCUCUCCGCGAAAACAUCCCGGAGUCCCCAAGCCAGGAAGGCUUCCCUGAUCUGGUGCCCACCUCCAGCGGCUCAAUGAACAGCCCUGCCCGGAGAGCAAGAGCUGGCACGGUCCCGUCGAGAUUUUCGCCUGUUGGUGCGCUGAACGAGGCGAAUCUUCAACAACCGUACAUCCCCCAGACCUCCCGUCCCACGCCGUCAACUAGCCCCUUCCGCCCGACCGGCGUUUCCGGUAUUGACACAAGCGCAAAGACUGCGACCACCGCUGGCGGAAAUAACGCAGGCUCCCUUUCGCGUCUCCGGGCUGGUUCCAUGCCCCAGAGGGCGAACUUUCUGGGAUCUUCUGGCCCGUUUGGGCCAUCCUUGUUCUCUACCAGCUGGGGAACAGGCCGUGAGCGCGCGACAACUCUUACGAGUAUUCGUUCUUCCGAAGGGCCUGCCUCUCCCAGUCUCUCCUCGUUUUCAAGAGAUGGACUUGCCGAUACUGACGUCAAAACGCUGGACUACUUGGGACUGGCCGAGACCCCACAGCAGGCGCGAGCUACGCUUGUGCGGCCUUCUGUCGAUAUGCUUCUUCACCAGCAGCAGCAGCAACAGCAACAGCAGCAGCAACAGUCUAGCCUUCCUCCUCUGCUCGCGGAAUUGGCUAUGAUGAAGAAUAACAGCCGGAUCCGAUCGUAUUCUGUGAAUGCCAAGGAAAAGUAUGCAGAUGACGAGGACUUGGAGUAUGAGAGUCGCUACUCGCAACUUGGUUCUGGCACUGUCACGCCCUCUGCAGCCUCAGCAGCUGCGCAGUUGGCUGCGACGCAACAUCAGAUACAUCAGCACAACCUUGCUGUACAGGCAUUUGCGAAUCACGCAUCUGCCAGCCGACCCCGUGCCAGGACCGCUGGCAUUUUGGAAGCGCCACCCCAGCGGUCGUCAAUCCGCAAUUAUCUGGCUACCCCGUCACGCCUAGAGAACAGUUUCAGUGCUGCUGACCUCAACAUUUCGGAGGGUGGAGAAUACGAUGAACUGACGGAAGCUGUGCAGCUUCUGCAUCUGAGUGGAAGCGCCAUGCGGCAGCCUACGGAGAUGACAGAUGAAAACAACCAGGAUGGCCCAACCCGUGCCCUGUGGAUUGGUAGCAUCCCUGUUUCCACCACUGUCACAUCUUUGGAGGCGAUUUUCAGCCUGUAUGGCAAGAUCGAGUCUACCCGCGUACUCACCCACAAGAACUGUGGCUUUGUCAACUUCGAGCGUACCGAUAGUGCCAUCCAGGCAAAAUCACUGCUUAACGGCAAGGAGAUCUUCCCUGGCGCCGGUCCAGUCCGAAUCGGAUAUGCUAAAGUGCCUGGCACUUCCGCCUCCGGCACCCCUGGUGUUAAUGGGGCUCAGUCUUCCCCAACCCCAGACCUGAGCACGAGCCUGAAUGGCCCCGAUGGUAUCCUGAGGUCGGAAAGCGGGACCAAUGUCCCACAGAUUCCUGCCCUUUCCGAUCUUCAACCGGAAAUGGCGCAAAUCGUCACUGACUUCGGGGCUAGCGAGGAUGAUGUGCACAACAUCACGGCUAGUAUUCAACGCGCCAUUGCCUUCACUGCAUUUGAAGAUGAAAUCCCUGCGAUCCCUGAGCCUAGCCAGACCAGGGCAUUCGAUGCCCCACGUCUCCGCGACAUCCGGAAGAGGAUUGACAACGGCGCUUGCUCGGUCCAGGAAAUCGAAGAGACCGCGAUUGCGAUGCUGCCAGAAAUUGCGGAACUCUCUUCGGACUACCUAGGAAAUACUGUUGUCCAGAAGCUCUUCGAAUUCUGCUCUGAACCCACCAAAGAGGAAAUGCUCAAGCCGAUUGCGCCUCACCUUGCUGAAAUCGGGGUCCACAAGAACGGAACCUGGGCGGCACAAAAGAUCAUCGAUGUUGCUAAGACCCCAAACCAGAUGAAUAGUGUUGUUGAUGCUCUGAGGCCAUACAUUGUCCCGCUUUUCCUUGACCAGUACGGAAACUACGUUCUUCAGUGCUGCCUACGGUUCACGACCCCAUUCAACGAUUUCAUCUUCGAAACUAUGCUGAGUCGGAUGUGGGAGAUCGCACAGGGUCGAUUCGGUGCCCGAGCUAUGCGAGCCUGUCUCGAGAGCCACCAUGCCUCAAAGGAUCAGCAACGCAUGCUCGCGGCAGCCAUUGCUCUGCACAGUGUGCAGCUUGCGACAAAUGCGAACGGUGCUUUGCUGCUGACAUGGUUCCUCGAUACAUGCACUUUCCCUCGGCGCCGGACCGUCCUUGCACCCCGACUGGUUCCUCACCUCGUGCAGCUUUGCACCCACAAGGUCGCCUAUUUGACCGUGCUCAAGGUCAUCAACCAGCGCAAUGAACCGGAUGCCCGUGAAAUUGUUUUGAAGGCUCUGUUCUUCAGUCCGGGCGACGAGGUCUUGGAGAAGAUCCUGGCGGAUCAGACAUCUGGAGCGACAUUGAUCUUCAAGGUUCUCACCACCCCGUUCUUCGAUGAAUCCAUGCGAGCAGAGGUUGUGAAGAAUGUCUCGAAGGUUCUCACUAAAUUGAAGGCCACUCCAAGCCAAGGCUACAAGCGCUUGAUGGACGAGGUUGGUCUGUCCUCUCGGGGAAAUGCUCGUGACAGCCACCAUGGACGUGACCACGGGUCCACCGCGGACAAACAGCAGCACCGCCCGAAUUCUCGCCAGGCGGCCUCAAACUAUGCCUCUCAGCCCCCCAUGGAGAGGCAAUAUAGCGCGCAGUUCCCUACCAUGCUUGGUCAAAGCCUGGAAGCUGCCAGGCCUGUUGCUCCUGAGCAACAGCCGAAUGCCCCCCAGUUUGAUCCCUACAGUAUCAACGGAAUGAACAGCCUUGGUUCUGCUGGUGGAAUCAAUCCUUUGAAUGGCGUCAACGGCCCCGGAUUCGGCCAGGACCCCCUGGCGCCUCUGUCACAGCAGCAGAUACAGUAUCAAGCGUACCUAGCUGCACAGUCUCGGGGUCUCUCGCCCUCGGGCCUUUACCCGAGCCUGGGUAACGCCAACUUCGGAUAUCCAGCCGGAGCGCCCUCGGCGGAUAACCUUCGCUCUCUGCAGAACCCGGCUGCUCCUAUGACCGGACCCGCCCAGCUCAACCCUGGGUCUAUGUUGAACCAGCCCAACUAUGCUCCCCAGCAGUUCAGCCCCAACGUGGGCUCGGCCCCGAUGUAUCAGUAUCCUUCGCAGUUUUAUUCCCAAGCACAGCCGGCCCCGACACAGUCCGCUGGGGGACGACGUGGACGUGUGAGUCAUCCCCAGCACAUGUGA